AUGGGAGCCUGUGGCAGCAAGAAGGUCCAGCUGAGUCGCAGCGGCGAUCAGCAGCAGCAAAAACAGGAGCAAAGACAGGAGCAGGAGCAGGAGCAGCAUCCAAAAGAGCAGCAGCAAGACCAGCAGCAAAAGCAACAGCAACAACAGCCUCCCCAACGGCAACAGACAGAGGGAGACCUGCAAGAGCAGCCAAGCGUCAGCGCAGCUCACGCAAUUGGAGUUUCGCUGCCUAAGCAAAAGAGUCUGAAGGAGCAGCAGAGAAGACGCCUUUCAAUUUCUGUGACGGUUGUUGAAGAUCCUGCAGCAUCGGCAGGGACGCACGGGGUAGCCUCCGCAGCGGCACCGAUGGCAGUGGGUAGCUCAAACACUAAACUGAACGGUGGGGAUGGUGUAAGUGCCACCCAGGGCAGCAAAGGAUACGCUCAAGUCGUAGGGGCUGACAGCAGCAGCAGGAAGGCGUUGUCGUUUUCUUGCUCGAACAACGAGGAAAGCACCGACAAUCCGGCAAGGGCCGUGACGGCAGCAGUGCCUCAUGAAGUUUCUGCGGCUGGGGCAGUCUCUCAUGCAAAGGCACCUCUUAAGAAGCAGACUUCCACAGUCGAGCAGCGACUGCCGCCUGGCAACAGCAGCCUGAGUACGAGCGCUGUCUUAGCUGAGAAGGGCUUCUGUCCUGAUCUGCCCCUGCUGUUUACACCUCUGCCCUUCGCACCAGAGAAGGCAUGGCUACACCUGGAAGACAUCACUGCGCAGUUUCUCUUGGAGCACUUCACAGCCGACUCCCCAGACCCCACCAGAUGUGCAGUCUUAGGGUUCCCUGCGCGUGAACGCCAGCGGGGCUUCGAUAACAAGCGGAUGGAUUGCGUGCUGUCUGCAACUGAGGGAUGCGGCAAUUUCGACGAGUUCCAGACGCAAAUUGGUGUUGGCUGCUCCUGCAAGAAGGGUCUCAAGCCGGAAAGCCCCAAUCAGGAUGACUUUUCCUUCAUCAGGUGCUCCGCGUUCGGCGUCUAUGGGGUGUUUGACGGCCACGGUCCUAGCGGUCAUCAAGCAUCGGACUUCGUGCAUCGCGUGCUGUUGCUGAUGCUGUUGUCUCACCCCCUCCUGAGAACAGACCUCUCGGUAGCCGUUGCGAGCGCUUUUCACGCCACCCACAAGGCGCUUUUGGAGUUUUGUUCCGAGGAAAAGAAUGUCGACUCUUCGCUUUCGGGCACGACUGCCACCCUGGUGCUGCACGAGGCGGGCAGGCUGACCGCUGCCUUUGUGGGAGAUUCUCGCUGUGUCCUCGCAAAGAUGAACAGAGACGGCACGAUAAUCCCUGCCUUCGCUACGGUCGACCACAAGCCUACGAACCCUUUAGAAAAGAAGCGGAUCGAAGCGGCAGGUGGCGAGGUGAUGCGCCUUGAUUGUGACAUCCCACAUCGCGUGUUCGUGAAGGAUCAUCUGUUUCCUGGUCUGGCAAUGAGCCGAGCCAUCGGGGAUGGCAUCGCUCACCAAAUAGGCGUCAUAUCGGAGCCGGAAAUAGUCCAGGUCCCUCUAGACGAGAACUCCUUGUUUUUCAUCGUCGCCAGCGAUGGGGUGUGGGAGUUCAUCAGCAGCGAAGAGGCAGUCAGCAUUGUGGCCCGUUACGUCACGGGGAGUCCGGAUGACUCGGAAAGGAUGAAAGAUGCAGCAGACCGCCUCGCAUAUGAAGCUUUCAGGCGCUGGAUCGACGAGGAGGGCAACGUUGUCGAUGACGUAACCGUAAUAGUCGUGUGGGUGGCGCGCUAG